AUGGACCCAGCGGGUGUAGUUACGUCGCUGCUGGUUUUGCUGGCAGCAAAUAACUCCUCGGUGCUCGACUGUGUCUGUAACCACGUCGCCAACGUCACCGACGAAAUGAGUUACGGCGAUGGACUGAUGUGGGAGACGUACUGCCAAGACCUCGGAAAUUAUUAUCUGUUCGAAACGUGCGAGAACCUGGAGGCGCCGUCCGUCGCGGUGCCGGCCGCCACACGGCUGGUGCCGCGCAGAGGCCACGAGGAGGACGAGGAGUGCGGCCGCGCCCUCGCGGAGGUUCGCCACCUCACGGAGGACAGCUCCAGGGAACUCACCAGGGGCCUCAUCUGCGGCGUCGCUGCCGACUGCAUUCGCUCUUGCUCCGUACAAGGGUUGGAUAACAUGGAAUGGAACCUGGAGACACUGCAAACGGAUCGGCUGAGGAGUGCGACCCUCACAAAGUUACUGCACGCUGUACAGCAGAUCACAAGAGCCAUAAACCACAGGAAUCGCCUUGUCUUGGAUUACAAUUGGGAAUUUCUUCAUAAUGACCAGAACCUCAGCAAAACUGAAUUCCAGGCCGAGAUACCGGUCUUCCUGCAGCACCUCUCUGACUACUGGCGGGACUCGGCGCAGCUGCUCUCACUGGGUGUCAAACAUUUCUCUCAGCUGCUCGUCCCCCUCGCUUUCGAGCAAAUGGGUAUCCACUCAAAUGAUCUGCAACGCCAUGAAUGGAUUAACAGCAUGAAACAUCUGAGAGACAUGCUGCACACGAGAUUAAGCGGCUGGGUUCAUGAUGUGCAAUCCGUCAGCGAGCAGAUGGCGUACUACAAAGUGGAAGAACACAAGAACAGGCCUGGGACUUACAUACUUAGACGACCUCUGUUGAAUCAUGACCUACUGUCCUACCACGAGCGGUUCCUCUCCUUCAGGGACGACUUUACUGCGCUGUGCGUCGCUCGACAUCGACGGGCGUCACAAAUGUUUGGUCUCGCCGACGCACUGUAUUCCUUCUAUUAUUACAACUGGUUCUUCGACCUACAGUUUGUAGGUGACAUCGAGAGUUUAGGAUCCAACUGCCUAUCAAAAGAUUCUGGCAGUGUCAAUUAAAUAAAAUGUAAGGACUUACUGGAAACAGACUUGAGUGUCCACCAAAACGUUGUACCAAGGUGUAUCAAAUAAAAC